UCAUAAAAGUCUUAUAAAGAAUAAGAAAUAGAUUAAAAGAAUAAAAGAAAAUAGAUUAGGGUUUUAGCAGAAGAUAAACAAGGACUUAUUUUGUCAAUUUUAUAUUUUUCUGUGCAGGUUAUGGCCCAAUUGAUGAGACUCUUAUGGAGAAGACAAUAGAAGUUCUGGAACGCCACUGCCAUGAAAAUAUGAACCAUGCUAUUGAGACAGUGGAAGGGCUAGGAAUAGAAUAUGAUGAAGAUGUGAUCUGUGAUGUGUGCCGGUCUCCAGACAGUGAAGAAGGGAAUGAUAUGGUAUUCUGUGAUAAGUGUAACGUCUGUGUGCAUCAGGCUUGCUAUGGCAUCCUCAAGAUUCCAGAAGGCAGUUGGCUGUGCCGCUCCUGUGUCCUCGGAAUUUAUCCACAGUGCGUCUUAUGUCCUAAGAAAGGUGGAGCCAUGAAGACCACCAGGACAGGGACUAAAUGGGCUCAUGUCAGCUGUGCCCUGUGGAUUCCAGAAGUCAGUAUCGCUUGUCCUGAGAGAAUGGAGCCUGUCACAAAAAUCUCUCACAUCCCACCUAGCCGGUGGGCCUUAGUUUGCAACCUGUGCAAGUUGAAGACAGGAGCUUGUAUUCAGGUAAGUACCCUGAGAAUUGGUGGAAUGAACUAAAACCAAGCCUGCAUGGCUCAUGGUCCCAGUAAGAAUGUCCUGUUAACCCAGAAAUCACUUAAGAAGCUACCCACUCAUGUGCAGGAUGCUGCUAUUCCAUAGACCAUUUGUGAAAAUCUUUCAGAUGUUGCUUCUGGACCUGAUUCAGCCUGUUUUUCCCCAAAGGAAAUGUAUGUAGGUGGGUGCCCCCAAACAUCAUAAGAGAGUGUUAGGUUCCCUGGAGCUGGAAUUACAAGUGAGCCACCCAGCAUGAGUCCUGAGAAUUGAACUUGGAUACUCUGAAAGUACAGUAAAUGUUCUUAACCAGUAAGCUAUCUCUCCAACCCUUAGCUUAUUCUUUUCAACUUCAUAUUGGUUACCAGUAAUAGUGAUAAACAUGUUUGGUCCAAAUUCUCAAGAAAUUGAGGCAGAAGAAAUCAUUUCACCUCAGGAGUUCAAGGCUAGCCUAAACAACAAAGGGAGACCCCUUCUCAAAAUAAUAUUCAUAAUGGUAUUUAACCUUCAUCUUUUAGUAUCAGAGCUCAUGUGUUAACGAGACUCUGAAGCUGAGUGAUUCAUUCUGAGAGGGAAUAAGCUAUAACUCUUAAAUAUAUUUCAUCCAUUAACUGUCAAUGAAUUUAAGAUCCACUAUGAUUAGAUAGAUGGUUCUGUAAAACAUUUGGGUGUGGAAAGGUACAUUUGAAUAGGUAAAGUCUGGUGAAUAGUUUUAAAAAUCAUUCUUA